AUGAGUUUUGCGUACUGGAUAAAUGAGUACACAUCUACCUUGGGAAUUGGUGUAUUUCAUUCAGGGAUAGAAAUAUAUGGCAGAGAGUUUGCCUAUGGAGGACAUCCGUACCCAUUCAGUGGGAUUUUUGAGAUUACACCAGGCAGUGCUGUGGAGCUUGGAGAAACAUUUAAAUUCAAGGAAGCUAUAGUCCUUGGUACCACAGAUUUCACAGAGGAGGAUAUUGAUAAUAUCAUGGAAGAGUUGGGGAAGGAAUAUAAGGGCAAUGCCUACCAUUUAAUGCACAAGAACUGCAAUCACUUCUCUGCAGUGCUGGCUGAGAUGCUGUGUGGGAGAGAAAUCCCACGAUGGGUGAAUCGUCUGGCUUAUUUCAGUUCUUGUAUUCCAUUCCUUCAGAGCUGCCUUCCCAAGGAAUGGCUGACACCAGCUGCCCUACAAAGUCACAUCACCCUUGGCCUCCAAAGAGAAGAUCAGGGAGAUACUACAGAUGAAGACUCUCCAUCUACCUCUGCGGCAGCCGCAUCUGGGCCAUCACGAACCUGUAGACAUACUAGAGUUUGAUUCACACAUAUUUGCGUUCCUCAGGACAAUCAUUUAUCAAAUAAUGGACCUUUAGGUAGCUCUACAUUCUGUCAAUUCCCAAUAAGACUACUUGCUCAAUCCCAUUUCUACAAUAGGAACCUAAUUUUUUUCAUAUUCCACUCAUCAACAGAACAUUAUAUUUGCAAAUUAUCCUGGUUAUGGUUAUACAAAACCUACAGCUACAGAAAUGUUCAAAAUUUAGAGAACUAAUUUCUAAGUAAUUUUUUUUAAUGUUUCAUGUCAACGUUGUGAAUUACCCCUUAACUCAGACAGAGAAGAACUGAUCGAUUAUCAGUAUUUGAUUAUCUGGAAUUAUUGUAACAAUUUAGAUUUUUGUAAACACACUUUUAAAAUACUGUGGACUCUGUAGAUAUUGUUUUAAAAUGAGAAAAUAUAUUCCACCUAUGCUAAAGAAAAAAAAAAACAAAAAACAAAAUCUUGCAAACUGAAUAAAAUUGUACCCUAUUGUGAUCGGAAUUAAUUUAAUUACAGAAAGAGAAACAAUGAAGACUAAUGUGUAUGUAUUUCUAUAAAUACAUAACAGACAGAUAGCUAGACUGAUGAGUAUAAUCAACACAGGUGUCAACUAUUUAUGCUUAAAGGGCCAUGCAAGUCAAAAUGAACCUUUCAUGGUUAGGUAGAAUAUGAAUAUUUGGAUCAAAGAACAAGCUCAUUUACAAUGGAGAGCAGGGACAUGUUUUGAUUCCCUGAAUUGGUCUUUAUAUGCAAAAUAACAGUAUUAAAUGAUGUAUACAAA